AUGUUUUCGCGGACGCCGAGUAUCCGAGCCGUCAGCGUCAAGGCGCCCAGUGUGAAGUCGCAGAACGGAAAGGCGCCCAGUGUGAAGUCGCAGAACGGAAAGGCGUCAAGUGUGCGGUCCAAGCACUCAAAGUAUGAUCACGAUGGAGAGGAAGACCAUUCCUCCGAGCGCACGCCUCUACUCUCAUACGACGCACCCACGCCUGCGACGCUCUCGGCUCUCCUCACGAACAUAGAAUCCCGUCAAGAUCCGUCCGAGCACUCGCCACUCCUGACAACACUGGAACCUCGGUCCUAUCGGUCGACGCCCUCGCAUUCACAGCCGCAAACACCGCAGCACAAAGCUCGCCGCCGACGGAACUGGAGUGUAGUGGCGCUCGCCGCUCUGUGCGGCCUGAUACUUGCGAUUCUCUCGCUGGGCUUCUUCGUUCCUGCUGCAGCAGAGCGAUAUGCGCAGGAUGCGGUGGCGCUGGACAUCGACAGCGUCGGUGUCGACUCGUUCACCGACAAGGGUGUCAAGGUGGCUGUGCAGGCCAAAGUCAAUGUCGACGCGCGCCGGGUGAAGGGCUGGGGCGUGCGCACGCUGGGAAGGAUCGGGACUUUUGUUGUGGGACAUGUCAGCGUGAAGGAGUUUGACGUGCGCGUACAUCUGCCCGACUACGAUAAUGCCCUCGUGGGGACGGCGAGGGUCCCGGGAAUGACUAUUGAUAUAAGGAAUGGACACACGACGAAUCUCUACUUCGUAACGGACACGCAACCGGGCUCCGUCGAUACUAUCCGUUUGCUGGCGAACGAUUAUCUGUCCGGGAACUUGAAUUCUGUCAAAGUCUUGGGCGAGGUGGACCUGAGGAUAAGGAAAUGGUUUGUGUCUGUGAAUCCUGGCAGGAUGAUUCGGGAAUUGAUCCUGACAGACCUUCCCGAACUUCCCACGUACGAACUGACCAGACUCCACGUUCAAGAGGUCGAGAUCGAUAACAAGAGGGCGAUCCUUGCCAACGUAUCCGUAGUGAUUGAGAACCCAUACCCUUUCGCCUUCGAUGUGUCUCCAUUGGGAUUCGAGGUCUCUCUUCCCGGCUGCAAGAGUGAUUCUCACAUCAAGACGGCCAGCGCCACAUCUUCUCAAAUCAGCAUCAAACCGAAGACCGAUAUCGUAGUCGACGUAGCAGGCCUCAUUCGCUCGCUUCCAGCCGGCCUAACAGCCGUCUGUCCCAACAACAACCUUUCCCCCAUGGAUCAGUUCCUCGGCAAUUAUCUCCACGGGCAGGAAGCCGUUGUCUACGUGGGCGGAGAUGGAGUCAACUAUGGUGGGCGGGCCCCGGCGUGGUUGGUCGAGCUACUCCGCAGCGUCACAGUGCCGAUUCCUGUUCCCGGAAAUACGUUCGAUAACGUCGUUCAAUCCUUCGGACUCUCGCACGUCAGUAUCAAGCUACCAGGCGAAUCCGGCAACGUUGCGCCGCUUCUCAGCGCAACAGUUGAGGCCGUGAUUGCACUCCCGAAGGAGAUGACCCUGCCCAUCAACAUCACGCAGCUCAGAGCAUUGGCAGACGUUUCCUACGAGCAGCACGCGUUCGGCACACUCAACAUCAAGGAGUGGAUCCCCGCCACCUCGGAGCGUAUCCCUGGGAAGGACAAUCUUCUCCGCGUCAGCGGCGUAGUGACCGACGCCCCGCUGGACGUGACUGACUACGACACGUUCGGAGAAGUCGUCCGCAAGAUCCUGUUUGGAGGUGGCAAGGCUAUCAAUCUGGGAAUCAAUGGAACCGCGGACGCGGACAUCAACACCAGUCUCGGGGAGUUCAUCGUGCGCAAGCUUCCCGCGUCCGGGAAUAUCACCCUCGACGGGCUGCCGGAUUUCACGGCGCUCCCGUUUCCGACGCUGAAUGAUAUCGUCAUCGAAAGUACAACUGAGGACUCGAUGAACCUGAAGAUCAGCGUGUCUGCGGAAAACCCCAUGCCGUGGGAGGCGUUCAUUCCGUACUCCAAUAUCGUCAUGAGCCACGAUGGAUUCAUCAUCGGAAACGGAACUAUUAAGAAUAUGCACGUUGUUCCGGGGAAGAAUAGCAUCGUGGUCAGUGCGUCUUGGGAUCCGAAGAGGUACGGUGGUGAGAGGGGAGUUAAGGCUGGUGAGGAGUUGCUGGGGAAUUACAUCUCAGGCCACAACGCAACUCUCACCUUAAGCACCCACGAGGGCUCCUUCCCGCACCUCCCCGAGCUCGGCAAAGCCCUCUCCUCCCUCAAAAUCACCAUUCCAAUGCCGCGCAUCGGCCAGAGCGACCCCUCUGAGCCGUCGAAGCACUUCAUAGAAUCCGCCACUAUGCACAUCUUCUCCUCCACCGCCGACUUUUACAUCCGCAAUCCGCUUCCGUACAACGGGAUCGUAAUGCAUGUGUUAAACGGCUCGGCUUUGUACAAUGGCAGCACGCUCGGCACUAUCGAUUAUAGAAACAGGUUUUUGAUCAAUCCUGGUAAUAGGGGCGGGACGAUGUCGCCGAGGCUGCCUGUCGAAUGGAGUCUGGACAGUGUGGGCUAUGAGGCGAUGAAGAAGGCGCUCGGGGGUCAGCUCAAGAUUCAUGCGCAGGCUAUGACAAAGAUCAGUAUUGGCAAUAUGGUCAUGGAGGUGUUUUACAACGCCAGUGACCCGGUCGAAGCGCAUAUACGGUUAUAG